CAGGUCCAGGAAAAGUAUUUAAGCCCCGAGGAACUGGGAGACAGAACACAAGACGGUCCAGUGAACACAAUGACGUUGCAAGCUUUAUCUCUCUGCAUUCUGCUUGGGAUUGCUCUGGUGGUCUGUCAAGCAGGAUGUGCACGAAACCACCGUGUCAGUAACGGGCACGGGGGUUCUGAUGAGAAAAACAAGCUCGUCUGCUACUACACCAACUGGGCCCAGUACCGGCCGGGCAAAGGCGCGUUCUUCCCCGAGGACAUAGACGCGGACUUGUGCACUCACAUUCACUACGGCUUUGCCAUUAUUGUGGACGGUCUUCUGGCUCCCUUCGAGUGGAACGAUGACGACACGCCGUGGUCAGAGGGCAUGUACACUCGUGUGAACAAACUGAAGCAGAAAAACCCUGCUCUGAAGACCAUGCUGUCUGUAGGAGGCUGGAACAUGGGAACCAAAAACUGGACUCUGAUGGUGCAAGAUACAUCAUCGAGACAGAAAUUCAUUCAGAACGCCAUCCCCUUUCUGCGGCAAAGGAACUUCGAUGGUCUGGAUCUGGACUGGGAGUACCCAGGCUCAAGAGGCAGCCCUCCAGAGGAUAAGUUCAAGUUCACCUAUCUGGUUCAGGAGCUUCUCAUCGCCUUCGACAAUGAGCCCAGGCCAUCAGGCACACCUCGCCUUCUCCUGUCUGCUGCUGUGGCUGCUGGCAAGGACACUAUUGACGCCGGAUACCAAGUGGCCAGCAUUUCAAAGGAACUGGACUACAUCGUUCUAAUGACCUACGACUUCUUCGGUGCCUGGGACCCUGUGACGGGGCACAAUAGUCCUCUCUACAAGGCUGACGAUUCAACCUCGGAACUUAACCAGUACUUUAACGUGGACUAUGCAUCCCACUACUGGGUGGAUGAGGGCUGCCCCAAAGACAAACUGUACAUUGGACUGGCCACGUACGGACGGUCGUUCACCCUGAGAGACGAGAGCGACUCUGGCCGUGGAGCUCCGGCCUCCGGUGCCGGUAUUGCUGGCACGUACACCCGGGAGGCUGGCUUCUUGUCUUAUUACGAGGUGUGCGAAAUGAUCAUUGCCGGUGCCAGGAUGGAGUUUCUGGAAGAUCAGAGAGUUCCUUACCUGGUGCUGGGGAACCAGUGGGUGGGCUACGAGAACAAAACAAGUAUUGGCGAAAAGAUCUCGUACAUUCAAGACAAUGAUUUUGCUGGCGGCAUGGUAUGGGAUUACGACUUGGAUGAUUUCGAUGGAGAAUUUUGCGGCAAAGGACGAUACCCGCUCAUCAGUUUGAUUAGCCAGUCUUUGUUGUAAUUGUAACACGUUACUGUUACAAGUAUUCCGAUUUCUUUCCACAAAUAAAACUAUUGCACAAAUGAU